AUGCAGCUUUAAGAGUUUUAAAGGAGAAAUUCCAGAACUAAAAGUUUGGCCUUACCAAAAAUUGAAAACACUAAAAAACUAACAGAGCCAACUCCUAUUAUUAGAAAAAAAGAAUAACAAUAUUUUGAUAAAUAGAGAAAAAUUAUUUAUUGUUCCUAUCAAAGGGAUUUGAAAUAAAUGAAACGAUCCUUUGAAAUUGCUACUAAACUAGACCAGAAUGAUCAUAGAAUAAUGAAAUAAAAAACCUUAGACAUAAAACCAAAACAAAAAGUGGCCUAAAAACAUGAUGACAAUACGUUUCUUACAUAUGUUUGA